AUGCCUCCGCAUAUUCCGUCGUCCUCUAUACCGAAUAAUUAUAUGCGCCCGAAUGCAUCCGCAUUUGCACCAUAUGCUGGCCCUCCGCGUCAUACUGCUCAAGGAUAUUACCCGUUCGAUUCUCACGACAUUCCCUCCGCCAUAGGAGGAACGGCGCUGCUAAAUAGAAGCCAAAUCGCCGCACGUCAUGCAGUCGCUAGGGACUUACCAAUAUUCAGCGGUGAGCCGGAAGAGUGGCCGCUGUUUUUCGCCACGUAUGAGAACACAACGAACCUGUGUGGAUUUUCGCCCGAGGAGAAUAUGGCCCGUCUACAGAAAUGUCUAAGAGGCAAAGCCUUAGAAGCGGUUAAAUGUCAGCUGUUACAUCCCACUAAUGUGGAACAGGUUCUCUCCACCUUGAGAAUGCUUUUCGGUCGUCCUGAAAUUAUUGUUCAUUCGUUACUCCAGAAGAUAAGUGGUAUUCCAGCACCCAAAGCGGAGCGGCUGGCUACACUUGUCGAUUUUGCGCUAGCCGUUCGCAAUAUGGUAGCUACCGUGAAAGCCUAUGAGUUAGAGGAGCAUCUUUGUAAUUUAACUCUUUUGCACAAUCUGGUUGAACGUCUCCCCCCAAUGAUUCGUUUAAACUGGGCGACCCAUCGUCAGUCUCUACAAUUGGUAACGUUAUCCGACUUUAGCGAUUGGUUGUAUAAGUUGGCAGAAGCAGCAAGUAUGGUAACGAUGCCACCGUUCUCGGCACCCAUCGACAACAAAAUUCGCCGUGGAAGGAAGGAUGAUGGAUACUUGAAUGCGCAUAUCGAAUCAGUUCCUAAAUCCAAACAAUAUGAAGUAACAAGAAAUCGAUGUAUCAUCUGCAAUGGUAGUUGUGGGGAUGUAGAAACAUGUAAGCGUUUCCUUUCGAUGAAUCUUUCUGCCCGUUGGGAUGCACUCCGGGAACACAAAUUAUGUCGUAGUUGUCUGGGGAGUCAUCGUGGUCCAUGUAAAACCGGAAAAUCAUGUGGGAAGAAUGGCUGCGAGUACAAGCACCAUCAGCUUAUGCAUAACGAUGCCAAGAAUAAGUCGAUAUCAUCAACCUCGUCGCAUUUUAAAGGGAGAACUCAAGUUCCACAAGACGCUGUUGCUGGUCGUUCCCAGGAAACUAAUUCAUGUAACACUCAUCGUGAAGGAUGCGAAGCUGUUAUAUUCCAGUACGUUCCUGUUACGUUGUACAACAACAAUGUCGAGUUGCGCACAUAUGCCUUUUUAGACAGUGGAUCCUCUCUCACACUGAUGGAGGAAGGUUUGGCAAAGGAGCUGAAUUUGGAAGGCGAAAAGCACCCAUUAUGUUUACGCUGGACGGCUGACACUUGUCGGUACGAGAAUAAUGCUAUGCGUGUUUCCUUCGACAUUUCCGGUACACGCGGUGGAAGUCCCAAAUGCAAUUUGACGGAUGUCUACACCGUUAAGGAACUGAAGCUUCCGUCACAAUCUCUGUCCGUUCACGAGCUCUCCCAAAAGUAUUCUCAUCUUGAUGGGUUGCCGAUAGAAUCCUACAAAAACAUCCAACCUAAGUUACUGAUUGGCAUUAACAAUUUACGUGUUGUACAUUCAUUGGAGAGUCGUGAAGGGGAGUCAAAUGAACCCGUAGCAAUAAAGACACGCCUUGGAUGGACGAUUUAUGGGAUGUGCUCGAUCAAAGAUGGCCAGGUAUCGAAAAUUACUCCAUAUAACUAUCAUAUCUGCUUCCACUCUUAUGAAUCGGAUGAAAUGUUGCACGAUACGGUCAAACAAUUCUUUGCUCUCGACAGUUUGGGAAUAUUCGCCCCACAGAACCACCUUCAUUCCAAGGAGGACGAACGAGCUUUGGAGAAACUGCGUGAUGUUACAACUUUGAAGAACGGGCGCUAUCAAGUGGGCUUGCUCUGGAAAUAUGACAACGUACGAUUACCCAACAACCGCUCCAUGGCGUUGAGACGCCAUCGUUGCUUGACGAAAAGAAUGGAACGCGAGCCCGAAUUAGCAGGUACAUUGCGGUCAAAAAUGGCGGACUACGAGCGAAAGGGCUAUAUCCGUAAGCUCACAUCUGAAGAGAGCCGAAGGACCGGAGAUCGAACAUGGUACCUGCCGAUAUUCCCGGUAUUUAAUACCAACAAACAUGGGAAAGUUCGCAUUGUCUUCGAUGCGGCCGCCUCCUUAGGAGGUGUAUCUCUGAAUUCUGUUCUGAUGAAAGGCCCAGAUCAGCUGAAUGAUCUGCCGCCCGUGCUGUAUAAGUUCCGAGAGCGUUUGAUAGGUCUAGGAGGCGACGUGGCGGAGAUGUUUCAUCAGCUGAGAAUAAAUUCUGAAGAUGAAGAUAGUCAGCGUAUUGUGUGGUGUGCCAAUGAACACACAAUGGAGCCAUGCGACUUUGUUAUGCAGGUCGUGACCUUCGGAGCUACGUGCUCACCCAGCACGGCACUGUUCGUGUUAAACGAAAACGCAACCCGGUUUGCCAGCAAGUAUCCCGCCGCCGUCGACGCCAUCCGCCACCGGCACUAUGUUGAUGACAUGCUGACAAGCGUGGACACGGAGGAGCAAGCGAUCAAAUUGGCGAACGAGGUCCGAUACGUCCAUCAGCAGGGCGGAUUUCACAUGAGGAACUGGGUCUCAAAUUCACAGGCCGUGUUGAAAGGCUUAGGCGAGACCUCAAAGCAAGAAAAAUCGAUGGAAAUGAGCUCCGAUCUAGCAUUGGAGAAGGUUCUCGGCAUGUGGUGGAGCACUACGACGGAUGUUUUCCGAUAUAAGCUUUGCGCAGAUCACAACAGGGAGCUUCUGAACGGAACCAAAAACCCAACCAAACGGGACAUGCUCCGUACGCUGAUGGCCAUCUACGAUCCUUUGGGUUUAAUAGCGCACUAUCUAAUGUACCUAAAGGUUCUCCUACAAGAGGCCUGGAGAGCAAAAACAGGAUGGGACGAUGAAAUCGAAGAAAAGCUGCUUGUAAAAUGGCGUACAUGGUUGCGCAUCUUGCCGGAAUUCGAGUCCGUGGAAAUUCCCCGUUGUUACUAUCGGGCAGAGUCAAAUAUUCACGAAGCGAGGAUUGAGCUUCACACGUUCGUCGAUGCUAGUGAGAUUGGGUACGCAGCAGUCUCCUACUUCCGUUUCAGAACGAACGGAAACAUUCACUGUGCGCUCGUCGGAAGCAAGACCCGAGUGGCACCUCUCAAGUUCGUCUCCAUUCCCCGCUUGGAGCUCCAAGCGGCGGUUAUCGGAGCACGCUUGGCUAACAUUAUCAUGGCGGGCCAUUCUAUAAAGAUCGAACGUCGGUAUUUUUGGACAGACGCUCGAGACGUUAUUUGCUGGCUUCAAUCAGAUCACCGGCGGUAUUCACACUUCGUAGCAUUUCGCGUGGGGGAAAUCUUGGAAGCGACAGAUAUUUCAGAGUGGAGAUGUCUGGGUACAAAGGUGAACGUGGCCGACGAUGGCACGAAAUGGAAGAAUAAACCGGAUCUUUCGUCAACCAGUCGUUGGUUCAAUGGACCUCCGUUCUUAUGGGAACUAGAAGGCGAGUGGCCGAAAUCGUCGCUGAAUGGUAUAGAAACCGUCGAGGAAAUUCGUUCGAGCAUGUUACACCAUACCGUAGGAAGGGUGCGCACCAUUCUACUACCGCAGAAUUUCUCUUCCUGGAACCGUCUGCGACGUGUUACAGCCUUUGUUCAACGUUUCGUCGAUAACAUUCGGUUGAAAAAAGGUGGCCAACAGUCGAAAAUCGGACCACUGACACGAGAGGAACUGUUCGAAGCGGAGGUGCUCCACCUAAAGCGAGCGCAGGAGGAUGGCUUUGCAAACGAACUCGUAAUCCUUGCAGUAGCAGAUCGUCGCCUCGAUAAGAAGAGUAGUCUAUACAAAGUAAAUCCGUUCGUCGACGAACAGGGUGUGAUGCGGAUUCGCAGCCGGUUGGGUGAAUGUGACUUCUUGGAGGAGAACAACAGGUAUCCUAUCGUGCUCCCUCGGGAUCAUCCUGUCACGUUGCUAGUCGUGCGUGAUGUUCACUUACGAUAUCACCAUCAAUGUCACGAAACAUGCGUGAACGAAGUGCGCAAAAGAUUCCACAUUCCACGAGUUCGAGCUGUUUACCAUCGGGUUAGACGGGCGUGCCAGUUUUGUAAGCUGCAGAGCGCCACUCCUGCACCACCGGCGAUGGCUCCUCUUCCGAAGGCUAGGUUGGCUGCAUUUGUACGCCCGUUUUCUUAUGUUGGCGUCGACUUCUUCGGACCAUUCCUUGGGGUGUCAUCAUAA